AUGACCGUACAGUGCAUCGCUGGAAAAUGGAAGCAAACACCAGCGUUAAGCGAAGGUCAGAAGAUUGAUGGCCAGAAGUUCGUCUCCAAGGGGCAGGAAACUCGAGAUAUAAAAGACGACCUGGGGCACAAAUCAGCACGGCGUCUGCCAUGAACUACUUCUUCCUUCUCUUCGCUUUGGCUCUCCUCUCGUCGGCCCUAUGCGGCCCUAACCGCUACGGCUUCCCCGAUUCCUACGAACGAUAUUUGGAACGCGUAAGUUCACUCCAUAUCUAAAAAGAAAAAUUUAUAAAAAAACUAUACUGUAUUGUGGGUUCGCUGGGAAAAAAAUCCUGAAAAACUUAUUAUUUUUUUGUACAAUUUUUUUACUUAUCGUGUUUAAACGUUAUCAAAGGCUUUCUUUAGACCCACCAAACUGUCAAAAAUCAACAAAUUUAUAAUAAGUAAGCUCAAAAAGCUCGACAAAUUGGCAAAAAUCGAUUUUUUUAAAUUCUGCCUCAAAUUUAAGCGCCAAAACUUCAAGAAUAUUAUUCUGUUUCAUGAAUAAUUCAUUAAAUGAUUUUCAGCAAGGAGCUUGGGACUUCAAGAAGCACGAAGUUCGUGGAGACUACGGACGCCGCGGCAACUGGGUAUGAUAUCACUAUGAUGAAUACAUUUUUCAUUUGUUUAAAAAUUUAGGAACGUGACCUGCGUGAUCUUUUCGAAGACUGGAAGAAAGAAACUCAUUGGGGACGACCAGAUUACCGCUCGUCACGUUUCCAAGCUCCCAGAGGCGGUUAUGGUCGUUAUGGAUUCUCCGGAUAA